AUGGCAUCAGCAACGAAACUGCCUCUCUUGGAAUUCAAAGCCGGCCGCUGCUUCAGGACCACAGGAACCGACACCGUCAAACCAGACCCCACCAAAGGGCUGGUGUAUCUGGAGGAGGAAGACGGUUUGAUGCAUUUUUUCUGGAAGAACAGGACAUCCGGCGAAAUUGAAGACGACCUAAUCUUAUUCCCGGGAGACGCAGAACUGAUCGCGGUACCACAAUGCACGACAGGACGAGUAGUCAUGCUCCAAUUCAAGUCGUCCUCACAGAAGCUCUUUUACUGGCUCCAAGAGGUCAGCACCGCACGGGACCAAAUAAUCUUGCAACAUGUCAAUUCUUUGAUUCACUCACAGGAGGAUGAAGAAGAGGAGUAUCUGGAUGAGGAUGCUGCCAUGGGAGACGUUGAAGCUGCACCGGCUUCAGAAUCAGCAUCUACAAUUGCGCCAUCAGCAGCGUUCGCCCCUGCAGCACCCGUUUCUACUUCUACUACCAACCUUACUUCAACAGCUCCCGCCGGGGCAGCAGCAGCAGGUGGCUCUUCCUUGACAGCACAGCAGAUGGAUCAACUGCGCCAUCUCCUCGGAGGUCUUCAAGUGCCUCAAGCGGCACAGAGAUCAAAUCUUCGUCUGGACCAUAUUCUGACACCAGGAGCAGUAGCACCACUGCUGAACAACCCAGAAAUCUGUGCAGCACUCUUCCCACACCUCCCUGAAUCUUCCGAGAGGACGCCAGAGGAGAUCCAGGCCAUUGUUCGGACCCCUCAGUUCUCACAGGCUUUGGUGUCUUUGAGCACUGCGCUUGAGUCGGGGCAAUUGGGUCCGUUAUUGAGACAGUUUGGACUUGGACCUAAUGCUGGCAAUGGUGUGGAAGGGUUCCUGAGCGCGAUUCAGGAACAGGCGAAGAAGGACAAGAAAUAG